UCCGACAGUCUCAGGCAGAGAGCUCAGCCCUUCACAUCUCCUCUUGCAUGCAACUCACUGAGAGGGAGAGGCAAGCAAGACCUCCCCUCUCUGCCGGCAUCUCAAGCCACCAAGGACCUGCUUUCGCACCUCCAACACUCUCCCUCCCUUCUUCCCCACCACUCCCUCCCAGAGAGAGCAAAAGAGAGAGAGCGGGGGAAAGACACUGAUUGGAAUCUUAGCCUUCUCUAAGAAGAAAAAUACCCAGAAAACUCAGUUGAUUAAACAUCAGACAGACAGACAGACAAACCCCAAAGGCUCUGCUCAGCUGUAAAGGUUCUGCAGGAAUUUUUCUUGGAGCCUUUCUGAGUGCUGGGGGGUGAGUUAUGGACUGGAUUGCUUUUGGCACCCACCAUGAAGCCUGAAUCUGCUUCUGCUCUCCUAGGAGCUGUGCUCUGCCUGAGCUCUCCGCUUUGCUCGACCCUCAUCCAUCUGGUCUCCCGCCACUAGGAGUUAGAUCUCCAGGAUUGGUCCUUGUCCUGCCCUUCAGUCUGCUCACCUCACUGCUCCUCCUUCCAACAUUGUUGCUGCCAUUAGUCCAGCUUCCCAGUGACAUCUGGGGUUUGAGUAGCAUAGGGACCCUUUUUGAGGGAAGAGCAUUUCCUGAAGGAUUCCCCAAACCCACUGUGUUUCUUCUCCUGGAAUCAAGGCCUCCGGAUCUACAUGGAUAGCUGAGAUCUUUUCUUGGAGAGGAACAACUUCCUUUCCUCCACUCUUUCCUGCUCUCCUCUCCCUCUGUUGCCCCUUCCAACUCCUCUCUUUUGUUCUCAAAGGAUUUAUUGGUUAUAUCUGUUUCUGAUAUUUGGCUGGUGUCACAUACACAGUGUCUUUUUCCCUCUCUCUUUGCAUCUUAUUUUCGCCCUCUUGUGUUCUAUCUUAUUCUCUUUCUUCUAUUUGGUAUUCUGUUUAUUAUCCACAGAGUCAUACUCCCUCUUCCCCGAGCUUCCCCUCCUUUCCCUCAGCCUAGUUCACCCACAGCUUUGUACCCAACCCCAAGAGCAGCCAUGGGCUUCACCCUGCACUCGAUCUACUUCACUCUGAAGUUCAGUGUUCUGCUUGGCUCCCUGUUGGGGCUGUGCUUGGGCCUGGAGUUCAUGGGCCUUCCGAACCAAUGGGCCCGCUACCUCCGCUGGGAUGCCAGUACUCGAAGUGACCUGAGCUUCCAAUUCAAGACCAACGUUUCAGCUGGGUUGCUUCUCUACUUGGAUGAUGGCGGCGUCUGCGACUUCCUCUGCCUCUCGCUGGUGGAUGGUCGCGUCCAGCUCCGUUUCAGCGUGGACUGUGCUGAGACGGCCGUGCUGUCGGACAAGCAGGUCAAUGAUAGCAGCUGGCAUUUCCUUAUGGUGAGCCGUGACCGAAUGAGGACUGUCCUUGUGCUGGAUGGGGAGGCCAGGCCUGGGGAGGUCCAGCCUCAGCGGCCCCACAUGGAUGUGGUCAGUGAUUUAUUUGUUGGAGGGGUCCCAGCUGACAUAAGGCCCUCUGCCCUGACCCUGGAGGGUGUGCAGACCAUGCCCACCUUCAAGGGAUUUAUUCUGGAUCUUAAAUAUGGCAACUCUGAACCUCGUCUUCUGGGGACCCAGGGGGCCCAGGUAGAGGCUGAGGGUCCUUGUGCUGAAAGCCCUUGUGAGAAUGGUGGAGUUUGUUUCCUUCUGGAUGGCCACCCAACCUGUGACUGCUCCGCCACUGGCUAUGGCGGCAAGCUCUGCUCCGAAGAUGUCAGUCAAAGUCCAGGCCUUUCACAUCUCAUGAUGAGCGAACAAGCACGAGAUGAGAAUGUGGCUACCUUCCGAGGCUCCGAGUACCUGUGCUACGACCUGUCUCAGAACCCGAUCCAGAGCAGCAGCGACGAGAUCACCCUUUCCUUUAAGACGUGGCAGCGUAAUGGGCUCAUCCUGCAUACAGGCAAAUCAGCUGAUUACGUCAACCUGGCAUUGAAAGAUGGUGCGGUCUCCUUAGUCAUUAACCUCGGGUCAGGGGCCUUUGAGGCCAUAGUGGAACCCGUGAAUGGCAAGUUCAAUGACAACGCCUGGCAUGAUGUCAAAGUGACCCGCAACCUUCGGCAGCACUCAGGCAUUGGACACGCUAUGGUGACAAUUUCAGUGGAUGGAAUCCUCACCACAACAGGAUACACCCAAGAGGACUACACAAUGCUGGGCUCAGAUGACUUCUUUUAUGUGGGAGGGAGCCCCAGUACUGCCGACCUACCAGGAUCACCUGUCAGCAACAACUUCAUGGGUUGCCUCAAAGAGGUUGUUUAUAAGAAUAACGACAUCCGUCUGGAGCUGUCUCGCCUGGCCAGAAUCGGUGACACCAAAAUGAAAAUAUAUGGUGAAGUGGUGUUCAAAUGUGAAAAUGUGGCCACGCUGGAUCCCAUCAACUUUGAGACCCCGGAGGCUUACAUCAGCCUCCCCAAGUGGAACACCAAGAGGAUGGGCUCAAUCUCCUUCGACUUCCGUACCACAGAACCCAAUGGUCUCAUCCUGUUCACUCAUGGCAAGCCUCAGGAGAGAAAGGACUCUCGUAGUCAGAAGAACACCAAAGUAGAUUUCUUUGCUGUCGAAUUGCUAGAUGGGAACCUCUACCUGCUCCUUGAUAUGGGUUCUGGCACCAUCAAAGUGAAAGCCACCCAGAAGAAAGCAAAUGAUGGAGAAUGGUAUCAUGUGGACAUUCAGCGAGAUGGCAGAUCAGGUACCAUAUCGGUGAACAGCAGGCGCACCCCGUUCACAGCCAGUGGAGAGAGUGAGAUCUUGGACUUGGAGGGGGACAUGUACCUGGGUGGGCUGCCGGAGAACCGCGCCGGUCUCAUCCUCCCUACAGAGCUCUGGACUGCCAUGUUGAAUUACGGCUACGUGGGCUGCAUUCGAGACCUGUUCAUCGACGGCCGGAGCAAGAACAUCCGACAGCUGGCAGAGGUGCAGAACGCUGCAGGGGUCAAGUCCUCUUGCUCCAGGCUUAGCACAAAGCAAUGUGACAGCUACCCCUGCAAAAACAAUGCUGUUUGCAAGGAUGGCUGGAACCGCUUCAUCUGCGACUGCACUGGCACUGGCUAUUGGGGGAGAACAUGUGAGAGGGAGGCUUCUAUCUUGAGCUAUGAUGGCAGCAUGUACAUGAAGAUCAUCAUGCCCAUGGUCAUGCACACUGAGGCUGAGGAUGUGUCUUUCCGUUUCAUGUCCCAGCGUGCUUAUGGCUUGCUGGUUGCCACUACUUCCAAGGAUUCAGCUGACACUCUACGUCUGGAGCUGGAUGGGGGUCGUGUCAAGCUCAUGGUUAACUUAGACUGUAUCAGGAUAAACUGUAACUCCAGCAAAGGACCAGAAACCCUUUAUGCUGGACAGAAACUCAACGACAAUGAAUGGCACACUGUCCGGGUGGUGAGGAGAGGAAAAAGUCUUAAGCUUACAGUGGAUGAUGAUGUGGCUGAGGGUACAAUGGUGGGGGACCAUACCCGCUUAGAGUUCCACAAUAUUGAAACAGGAAUCAUGACGGAGAAGCGCUAUAUCUCAGUUAUCCCUUCCAGUUUCAUCGGACACCUACAGAGCCUCAUGUUUAAUGGUCUCCUCUACAUUGAUUUGUGCAAGAAUGGUGACAUUGACUUCUGUGAGCUAAAAGCCCGUUUCGGCUUGAGAAAUAUUAUCGCGGAUCCUGUCACCUUCAAGACCAAGAGCAGCUACCUGAGCCUGGCCACUCUCCAGGCUUACACCUCCAUGCACCUUUUCUUCCAGUUUAAGACCACCUCAGCUGAUGGCUUUAUUCUCUUUAACAGUGGAGAUGGCAAUGAUUUUAUUGCAGUUGAACUAGUCAAAGGCUAUAUACACUAUGUAUUUGACCUUGGAAAUGGUCCCAAUGUCAUCAAAGGCAAUAGCGAUCGACCACUGAAUGAUAAUCAAUGGCAUAAUGUUGUCAUCACCCGGGAUAACAGUAAUACUCACAGCCUGAAGGUGGAUACCAAGGUGGUCACUCAGGUUAUCAAUGGUGCCAAAAAUCUGGAUCUGAAAGGUGACCUCUACAUGGCCGGCCUUGCCCAAGGCAUGUAUAGCAACCUCCCAAAGCUUGUAGCCUCCCGGGAUGGCUUCCAAGGCUGCCUAGCAUCUGUGGACUUGAAUGGGCGCCUACCAGAUCUGAUCAAUGAUGCUCUUCAUAAGAGUGGCCAGAUCGAACGAGGAUGUGAAGUUGCGUUGACCAAAGCUGACCUGCAAGGACCAAGUACCACCUGCCAGGAAGAUUCAUGUGCCAACCAAGGUGUCUGCAUGCAGCAAUGGGAAGGUUUCACUUGUGACUGUUCCAUGACCUCCUACUCUGGGAAUCAAUGCAAUGACCCUGGUGCUACAUAUAUCUUUGGGAAAAGUGGCGGACUCAUACUCUACACCUGGCCUGCGAAUGACAGACCCAGCACACGCUCAGAUCGCCUUGCUGUGGGCUUCAGUACGACAGUGAAGGAUGGCAUCCUGGUUCGAAUUGACAGUGCUCCAGGACUCGGUGAUUUCCUCCAGCUUCACAUAGAACAGGGUAAAAUAGGAGUGGUGUUCAACAUUGGCACAGUAGACAUUUCCAUCAAAGAGGAGAGUACCCCAGUAAAUGAUGGCAAAUAUCAUGUUGUGCGUUUCACCAGAAAUGGUGGCAAUGCUACACUUCAGGUUGACAACUGGCCGGUGAAUGAACAUUAUCCCUCAGGCAACACUGAUAAUGAACGCUUCCAAAUGGUAAAACAGAAAAUCCCCUUCAAAUAUAACCGGCCUGUAGAAGAGUGGCUGCAGGAAAAAGGCCGGCAGUUAACCAUCUUCAACACUCAGGCGCAAAUAGCCAUUGGAGGAAAAGACAAAGGACGUCUCUUCCAAGGUCAGCUCUCUGGUCUCUAUUAUGAUGGCUUGAAAGUUCUGAACAUGGCAGCUGAGAACAACCCUAAUAUUAAAAUCAAUGGUAGCGUCAGGCUUGUGGGAGAAGUACCAUCUCUCUUGGGGACAACACCUACAACUUCCAUGCCACCAGAAAUGUCUACAACUGUCAUGGAAACCACCACUACAAUGGCAACCACCACUACUCGAAAGAAUCGCUCCACAGCCAGCAUUCAGCCAACAUCAGAUGAUCUUGUUUCAUCUGCUGAAUGUUCCAGUGAUGAUGAAGACUUUGUUGAAUGUGAGCCUAGUACAGGAGGUGAAUUAGUUAUCCCUCUACUUGUAGAAGACCCUUUAAAUCCCCCUCCUAUUGCUACUCGUGCACCUUUCAUUACACUUCCCCCUACCUUUCGCCCCCUCCUCACCAUUAUUGAGACCACCAAAGAUUCCCUGUCCAUGACCUCUGAGGCGGGGUUACCUUGCUUGUCGGACCAAGGCAGCGAUGGUUGUGAUGAUGAUGGCUUGGUGAUAUCUGGGUAUGGCUCAGGGGAAACCUUUGACUCUAACCUGCCCCCUACUGAUGAUGAAGAUUUUUACACCACCUUCUCCUUGGUAACAGAUAAGAGUCUUUCCACUUCAGUCUUCGAAGGUGGCUACAAAGCACAUGCGCCCAAGUGGGAAUCCAAGAACUUUAGACCUAACAAAGUCUCCGAAACUGGUAGGACUACUACUACCACAUCUUUGUCCCCUGAGCUGAUCCGCUCCACGGCUUCCUCCUCGUCUGGGAUGGUGCCCAAAUUGCCAGCAGGCAAAAUGAAUAACCGUGAGCUCAAACCCCAGCCUGAUAUAGUGUUGCUUCCGUUGCCCACUGCCUAUGAGCUAGACAGCACAAAGCUGAAGAGCCCACUAAUUACUUCCCCCAUGUUCCGUAAUGUGCCCACAGCAAACCCCACAGAGCCAGGAAUCAGACGGGUUCCGGGGGCCUCAGAGGUGAUCCGGGAGUCGAGCAGUACAACAGGAAUGGUCGUCGGCAUUGUGGCUGCUGCCGCCCUCUGCAUCUUGAUCCUCCUAUAUGCCAUGUACAAGUACAGGAACAGGGACGAGGGGUCCUAUCAGGUGGAUGAGACGCGGAACUACAUCAGCAACUCUGCCCAGAGCAACGGCAUGCUCGUCAAGGAGAAGCAGCAAAGCUCAAAGAGUGGCCAUAAGAAACAGAAAAACAAGGACAAAGAGUAUUAUGUGUAAAAUUAAAAAAAAAUAAAAAUAAAAAAGAAUUAAAAACAGAAUUAUUUAUAUAUAAAUAUAUAAAUACUUAAAAAAAAAAAACACAAGAUUUAACAGCUAUAAGAACUGUUAUACCUAUAAUGAGAUUGGGAGCUACAGUUGGUGGGAAAAAAAAAAAAAACAAUACACACAAAGAUAUAUAUGUGUAUAUAUAUAUAUAUUUAUUUUCAGACAUGGCUGUUAUGUAUCAGUCAUGACCUGGAGACAGAGAAGUCUGCCCUACUGUAUCAUAAAGCAUACUUAGCGCUCUGGAGCAGACAGAUAGCUCCACCACUUUAGCUGGACAUUGAAGUUUCCAUCUCUUUUGUGGACCUUUGGACAAAAGGUAGAAGAUUUCAUGGCUUACUUGUUUCAUAACUCCAAGUGAGUCCCUAAUGAUGUUUGUGACCCUUGACUGUAUCAAUGAUUUUUCAGUUUUAUUAUUUUAAAAAAAAAGGAGAAAAAAAUUAAAAAAAAAUAACAACAACAACAACAACAGCAAACUGAUCUGGCCCCAGCCAGUAUGUGUGUAACUAUUCGAAAUCUGAGGGCAAAAAAGUGGCUUUUGGGUUUUUUGUUUAUUUUUUGAGACUAAGACUGGACAUGAGUUGACAAGAAAAAAAUUCAGAAAAAAAGUGAGAGACUAUUGCCAUAUAUGAACUCAAAAACUAUACAUGGUGUUCACUCUACAUAUCAGGUUGUGGUGUGUCUAAAACCAAUCAAUUGUUUGUUUUCAGUGAGAAGCUUUGCUGGAAAUGCAGCAAAUACAUGAGAUGGUGAUGAUGUGAGGUAUAAAGCAGGUACCCUAGGAUCUGACUCCAGUAUUUGCAGACCAAACUCUUUGAACAGACGGGUUUAGGUCUGGUUUCAUCAGGGCUAUUGGCUUUAUUGACAAUACUGUUCAAAUGCAUUAGCACAGUCAAAUUGUGGUAAAGGGGGAAAAGGUCAGCUGUUGGGAGCUGAAAUAACCCACAAACUAAAAUGAGCCUUUCCUGGGGAAGUGGGGGGGAGGGAGCCUGGUUCCAUGAAUGAUUGCAAUGCAUGCAAAAAUAAAAAGAAAAGAAAAAUUCUAAAAAAAUCAAUUAAUCAAAACAGACAAUAUGGGAGUUCAACUUGUGACAGAAUAACAAAAGGUCAUACAAGCCAAACACAUCAUGAAAGAGUACAAAAUGCAGUUUUUUUUCCAACAUGUUUUUCAUAUGUAAUUUUAAUUUUGUAGCUUGACACAAAUAACUCUGUCCUUCCAUUUGCCCAUUCUCCCCACCCUCUCUUUUAUAAAAAUAAAUGAAUGAAUGAAUGAAUAAAGCUGCUGUGACACACACAAAGGAAUUUAAUAGUAUAAUAUAUAUAUAAAUAUAUAUACAGAUAUAUUUCUCAUGGUAUGUUUGAUGGGACGACUGGAAUGGAAAAUCUGUUAAAAGUCUUUAAGUAGAAUGAGAAUGUUGUUUUAAAAAGAAAAUAACAAAACAACAAAAAAGUAAACCUUAAAAAUGUGAAGAUGGUGUGAGUUUUAGUUUUGUCACAGUCACCUGUGUCAAAAGAAAAAAAAAAAUCUCAGAUUCUGUUUACAUCUUUCUGCUAAUUUUUUUUUGCUUGUGUAAUUUCUUAGAUUAGACACUUAUGUACAUACUGCUUUACAGUUUAAUUGUUCUUUUUGUUUCUACCUGUUUCUUAAUUUUGUUUUUUGUUUUUUGAAAGGGGGUAACUUAAUGUAUAGAAAAAAUAAAAUUGGUUGUGUGGCCAUGGCUAUUACAUACAAAAAGCAAGAUAACACAAAUACAACAACAUACAAUGACAAAAACGAAAUGAAGACUGGAAUAUCAGAAAUAUAAAUUUUCUUUGUGUACAGAUGAAAACCAAUCAGCUGUUUAGAUUUAGAAAUCUAUUCUUGCUGGUGUUUGUAAGUUGCAUGAAUAUUUGACUUUGAAGAAAUAUCCAGGAACAACAAUAAAAAAAGUAUUCUAAAAUGAAGAUAGUUUUCCCUAAUGUAUAUGGAAAGAGGUGUGUUCCUGGUUAUCUGAUCCUUUCGAUGUAAGUGUUUGGGAAUUCUUUUGGAUUUUUUUUGUUUAAGAUUUUUAAAAGAAAGGUUAAAAAUGUAUGAAAGCACAGUUUUAAGCAACUUUAAAUGGCCCAACCUAUAUGAAAUUGAUUAUAUCUCGAUGUCUGUAAAAGAUUGCUGUUCUUGGAGUCUUGGUGUCUUGUGAAAUGAUUUUCCUACUUUCUUUUCCAUUUUUUUUUCCUUUUUGAGUAAACACAAUCUUUGUUCUGUUCUUUUUUGUGUAAGUUUCUAUUUGGACAAUUUUUUUGGAAACAUGUGCAUCCUGUAUGUGGGCUUCUACCAUAUCCCUGUUUUAUGGACAGAACCUUAAAGAAUUUAUUUUAUGUUGUUGUGAUGUUACUGCUUUAUUUUUCUUUUUCCUUUUCCUCCUUUCUUUUUUUUUCAUAUUUGCAUUUUUGUUCAAGGAUAUGCUUAGCAAUAAAAUGUUCUUCCCAAA